CACCUCUUGCCUGGAUUAUUGCAAGAACUUCUUCAUGGGUCUCCCUGCGUCCAUCCUCACCACUUCCAUUUAGUUCAGUAUAUUAGCAAGAGUGAGCGUGUCCUUCUUCUCAAGGCCCUGCAUAAUCCACACCCUCCUUCCCAGGCCCCUCUGACCUCAUCUCCUGCUUCUCUCUUUCUCUUGCUCACUCUCCUCCAGUGACUCUGGCCUUUUUGAGCAUGUCCGAUUCACCAAAACCACCAGUUGCUCCCAAGCCAAAGAAUGCCGGUCCCCUCACACCAGUGACUGCACCCAAAUUCCCUUCGUCAUCCAGGCCGGACAGUCUUCACAGUCCCAACUCCAUGUCGAGGGGGCCGAAACCCCCCAUCGCCCCUAAGCCAAGGCUGGACACCCCCAAUGAGUGGAGGGCCAGCGUGUACAUGAUCAACAGCUUGAACAAAUGCAGCAACGGGAAGCUGCUCUGUGUAGACAGGGGACUCUACGAAGAGCCGCAGUCCAACCUGGAGUGCUCCGAGGCCGAGGCUGAUGAAGAUUACAUCGUCGUCCCCAGGGCUCCACCCAGCGAGGACGAACCCAGGGAUGGGGACUCUGUGGAGAACGCAGUCAUGGUGCCUCCGGAUGCCACCGGGGAAGAGGAACCCCAGGAGGAAGGCGAGGAGGAGGAGGAGGAGGAGGAGGAGGAGGAGGAGGAGGGGGCAGGAGCUGCUGAAGAAGUGGCUGGAGAGGCUGAUGACGGCGUAGCCCCCGUUCCUGAGAAGGUGGGGGCUGAGGACAGUGCCCAGGACCCAGGGGAGGAGGAGGAGCGGAAGCUCUCAAGUGAGGAGGAAGAGAAGCUGGUGGAGGAACACAGCAUGUACAACCUGGAGGAUCGGGGCCCUUGGGAUGGAGAGGCAGUCUUUUCGAGCGAUAUCAUUCUAACUCAGGUUGAUUUAGAGGACCCGGAAUCGCCUGGCAGGGAGCCUGGGUCUCCUGGGACACCCAGGGAGGCAGAGGAGGAGGGUGAGGAAGGCUGCGCCGAGACAGAGCCAGGGCUGGCAGAGGAGUAUGGGGAACCUGACAGGCCCACUGAGGAGGGUGCUGAAGAUACCAGUGAGGAGGCCCUGGAGGACGAGGGAUUGGCCUCGGGCACCCAGGAGGCAGAGAUCGUCACCGACAACCCUGACGUCUCCGAGGAGGAGCGUGAAGAUGCCACACGCGGGGGCAGCCGGGAUGACCAGGAUGAGCCCCCUGACCAAGGUGGGAAAACUGACCGCGAGGAAGUGGCAGCCGUCACCCAAGAGGCGAGGGGAGACGUUCCGGAGAGCGAGGACCCCGUGCAGGACGAGUCCGCGGAGGAGAGCUGCCAGAUCAUUCCUUUCGAGAACGACUGCAUGGGCGACUUUGUGGCUUCACUCUCGGGAAGUCCCUACGAGUUCUUCCCUACAGAGAGCACCUCCUUCUGUAGUGAGAGCUACUCCUCUUUUCCCGAGUCAGCAAAAGGCUCCGAGUCAGAGCAGGAAUCCAAGUCAGGGGAAUGUGCAGGCCAGGACACCGUGGCCGGAACUUUGUGUGGCCAGCACGGCUCCCUGCAGGACGGCCCUGGGGAGGGCCUCUCCGCCCCCGACGUACUGGUCUUGCCGGUGGACGAGGACACCACCGACGACGCACUCGCCAGCCCCUACGAGCUGGGAGAGGACGUGGCGUGCGGAACCGACCCCGGAGAGGGAGAACAGCCCGAGACACAGGCCGCCUCCGAUGGCCUCGGGGGUUACGGCUCCAAAGAAGAAGAGAACUCCGACGCGGAGGGCGGCCUGGUCCCCACAGACAGAAAGAACAUCCUCGCAAGGGCCAGGCCCCACUCCGGGAAAGUGCCCGGCUACGUCCCAGAAACCGUCCCCGAAGAAGCCGGACCGGAAGCUGUCUCGCCGUCGGCCACUGGCGUCGGAGGUGCCACCGAGGAGGCAAGAAAGAUGGUCCUGUCGCUGGAGGGGAAGCCGCCGCUGGAAGCCAGCAGGGCCUUGCCAGCGAAGCCCAGAGCCUUCACUCUGUACCCUCGUUCGUUCUCCGUGGAAGGCCGAGAGAUCCCGGUCUCCGUGUACCGGGAGCCGGAGGCAUCCGGCUUAGACGACCUUCGAAUCAAGAGGAAAGAGGACAACCUCUCCCUGCCCUGCGUGAUCGGCUCCUCGGGGAGCUUCUCCCAGAGGAACCGCCUUCCGUCCAGCGGCACGUCAACGCCGUCUUCCGUGGUGGACAUCCCGCCGCCGUUCGACCUGGCCUGCAUCACCAAGAAGCCCAUCACCAAGAGCUCCCCCUCCCUCCUGAUCGAGAGCGAGCCCCCCGACAAGCACGGCAAGAAGAAGAAGUCGUCCUUCAAGCGGUUCCUGGCGCUGACGUUUAAGAAGAAGACCGAGAACAAAGCGCACCACGUGGAGGUCAACGUGUCCUCCUCCAGGUCGUCCUCGGAGUCCAGCUACCACGGGCCGUCCCGGCUCCUGGAGAUGGACCGCAGGAGCCUCAGCAACUCCCCUCAGCUCAAGACCCGGACCGGCAAGCUCAGGGCGUCCGAGUCGCCCUCCUCCCUCAUCUUCUACCGGGACGGCAAGAGGAAGGGCAUCCCCUUCAGCAGGACCGUGUCCCGCGUGGAGUCCUUCGAAGACCGCUCCCGGCCCCCCUUCCUGCCCCUGCCCCUGACCAAGCCCCGGUCCAUCUCGUUUCCCAACGCCGACACUUCCGACUACGAGAACAUCCCGGCCGUGAACUCGGACUACGAGAACAUCCAGAUCCCGCCCCGGAGGCCUGCGAGGGCGGGGACGUUCACAAAGCUGUUUGAGGACCAGAGCCGAGCCCUGUCGACGGCGAACGAAAACGACGGCUACGUGGACAUGAGCAGCUUCAACGCCUUCGAGAGCAGGCAGCAGAGCGCGGAGCAGGAGGCAGAGAGUGCCUACACAGAACCCUACAAGGUCUGUCCCAUCUCAGCCGCAGCCCCCAAGGAGGACCUCACGUCGGAUGAAGAGCAGGGAAGCUCAGAGGAGGAGGACAGUGCUCCAAGAGACCCCAGCCUCACCAACAAGGUGGAAGGACAGUCCAGAGCCCAAGUCAUCGCACAGGAACUGCUGUCUUCAGAAAAAGCAUACGUGGAGAUGCUCCAGCACUUACAUCUGGAUUUCCACGGAGCUGUUGUGAGGGCCUUGGAUGAAAUGGACCAAGAGGGCAAGGACACAUUGGCCAGGGAGGAGCUGAGGCGUGGCCUGAGCGAACUCCCAGCCAUCCUCAACCUUCAUCAGGGGAUCCUGGAGGAGCUGGGAGAGAGGCUGCUGCACUGGGAGGGCCAACAGAAGGUGGCCGAUGUCUUCCUGGCCCGGGAACAGGAGUUUGACCACCACGCCGCUCACAUCCUGCAGUUUGACAGGUAUCUAAGUCUGCUCGCUGAGAACUGCCUCCAUUCUCCCCGGCUGGCAGCUGCUGUCCGUGAAUUUGAGCAGAGUCAGCAAGGAGGCGGCCAGAACGUGAAACACAGGCUGCUGCGGGUGGUUCAGCGCCUCUUCCAGUACCAAGUGCUCCUCACAGACUAUUUAAAUAACCUUUCCCCGGACUCAGCUGAGUAUGAUAACACACAGGGCGCGCUGACCCUCAUCUCCAAAGUCACAGACCACGCCAACGAGAGCAUGGAGCAAGGGGAAAACCUGCAGAAGCUUGUCCACAUCGAGCACAGCGUUCGUGGCCAAGGGGAUCUCCUCCAGCCAGGAAGGGAGUUUCUGAAGGAAGGGACACUGAUGAAAGUAACAGGGAAAAACAGACGCCCCCGUCACCUGUUCCUGAUGAGCGACAUGCUCCUGUACACGUAUCCCCAGAAGGAUGGGAAGUACCGGCUGAAGAGCACGUUGGCCGUGGCCAGCAUGAAGGUCAGCCGCCCCGUGAUGGAGAAAGUGCCCUACGCCCUGAAGAUUGAGACUCCUGACUCCUGCCUGACUCUGUCUGCAAGCUCCUGUGCAGAGCGGGACGAGUGGCAUGGCUGUCUGAGCAGAGCCCUCCCUGAGGACUACAAGGCCCAGGCUCUGGCUGCCUUCCACCACAGCGUGGAGAUACGAGAGAGGUUGGGGGUCAGCCUGGGGGAGAGGCCCCCCACUCUGGUGCCUGUCACACAUGUCAUGAUGUGCAUGAACUGCGGCUGCGACUUCUCCCUCACCCUGAGGCGUCAUCACUGCCACGCCUGUGGCAAGAUCGUGUGCCGGAACUGUUCGCGAAACAAGUACCCGCUGAAGUACCUCAAGGACCGGAUGGCCAAGGUCUGCGACGGCUGCUAUGGGGAGCUGAAGAAGAGGGGCGGGGACGUCCCGGGCCUGAUGAGAGAGAGGCCCGUGAGCAUGAGCUUCCCUCUGUCCUCCCCCCGCUUCUCGAGCAGUUCCUUCUCGUCCGUCUUCCACAGCAUCCACCCCUCGACCUUCAAGAAGCAGAAGAAAGUCCCUUCGGCCCUGACCGAGGUGGCCGCCUCCGGAGAGGGCUCCGCCAUCAGUGGCUACCUCAGCCGGUGCAAGAAAGGCAAGAGGCACUGGAAGAAGCUCUGGUUUGUCAUCAAAGGCAAAGUGCUCUACACCUACAUGGCCAGUGAGGACACAGUGGCCAUGGAGAGCAUGCCCCUGCUAGGGUUCACCAUUGCCCCAGAAAAGGAGGAGGGCAGCAGCGAAGUAGGACCUGUUUUUCACCUUUACCACAAGAAAACCUUAUUUUAUAGCUUCAAAGCAGAGGAUACCAGUUCAGCUCAGAGGUGGGUCAAGGCCAUGGAAGAUGCUAGUGUGUUAUAGCAGUUACCAAGCAUGUGGACUCAGAAUAAACUCUUAGGUUGAUAUGUGCACCCACCCAGAAGCCAAUCCGUGUCGCCACUCAUCUGCACACACUUUGGAUUCAGCAUGGGGGCCUGGCCUUUUCUACUGGAACCCCCUCACUCAAAACCUUCAGAGGUGGAGCCCUCACGGGAUAUUUAUGGACAGUUCCUCUUCUGUCUUCCCAUGUGCCACCCUGUUCCACCCCAGCAUAAACUGUUUCCUUACCCAAUAGUGAGUAAAAAUUCAGUAACUUGAAGACAUGGAAACCCAUAGAAAAGUACAUUUUAGAAACGCAGGCUUUUUAGUAGAAACAAGCUUUUUCAAUUUUUAUUCCUAGUAAACAUCGUCACCAUUCAUAUUGUUGAUUUCGGUGCCUCAGGUGAAAACAAGAAACAACCAGUAAAUAACAACUACUCUCAUCAAAAGCACUUUAUUGUUUUACUGAGCUACAACCUCCAGUUUCAUGUUUCCAAGUGAUUUACUUACGUAAACAGCAGAUGGAGUUCUGUGGACUGAUUCGCCAUCAGUAACGCAACAAGGGUGUACGGAAAACGGACUUGUGCAAACCCAGCUGUGGCGACACUCGGAGGGAAGCGUUCUCCUUACCGCGGACGGUGCAUGUCGCCGGAUAGGAAGGCGAGGAUUUCCUCCUCCAGCUGAUCCUGUGACCUGUAUCCUGACACAGUGACUUAGCAAAGGACAGAUUCCCUCCUUUCCACAGCAUCCUCAUCACUGCACCAGUGCUGGAAGCUCAGCUGCUGGCAGAUUCGGCCCUUGCCCUGGAGGUCACUGCAAACCCUCCAAAGAGACAGGGUCUGCUUUAAUUUAUUGUGUGCCUUCCUGAAUCUUACCCCACACGAGCUGACAGUGUUGUUUAUGAAAACCUGUAGUUAUUUCAACACGGUAAUCCUUUCUGUAUUACUGAAACCCUGAGAGAGAGAAAAAAGGGAAAAUAAGAUCUGAGCAGCAGGUGAAUGCGUGGUCUUGGCCAGUGGCUCUGGACACAGGGAGGGAGCCCAGAAGUAGUGGCUUGAAGAUACAUAUCCUCUAGGUGCCUGGGCUCAGACCUCCCGCUGAUGGCUGCUGCUCAUUAUGCGGGAAGUAUUUUUACAUAAAGCAAAUUGGGGGGUGGAGGGAUGGGUGGGAUUUCCUGUUAUUCUCAUCAAAAUAAAAAGUGCGUAUCACUUUCUGAUAUCCUAUCCCCAUCCUCCUGCUGCCCAUCCCCUGAAAAAAAAAAAAAAAAAAAAAAAAAAAGGCAUUUGCUGACAAACCUUUUUGUAAAAAGCACCAUCACAAGGAGUUAUUGACAGUAAAUAUUUUCAGGGGAAUUUUUUUUUUUUCUAGUUGACAAUUCUUUUUAAAUGUUUGCAUUAAAUAUUUAAAGGUUGUAACUAAGUGAUUAGACAGGGCUUCUUAUUAAAUUUUCAGAGCCUAAUUCCAGUGCAAUCAUUUUCAUCUUCAGACAUUUGAAUGGGCCUUUUAGACCCUCCGAGUUAAAAAACAAAACAAAAAAACAAAAACCACCACAGCAGGACUUCAGCACAGGCAGUGGAAGCUUCACCAACCUGCUGUGUACCACCACCCAUUGUCAGCUUCUCGUAGAAUCGUAUCUGGAAGUCAUUUGAAGGCCUUUUUUUUUUU